AUGAUUAAACCUGUUCACCGGCCUGUUCAGUCUCUAUUUUCAACAUCCAGUGGAUUUAACAACUUUCGUGGUCUUUUAAAUCUGGCUGCAUUUCUGUUGCUUGUUUCAGCAUCUAGAAUGGCUUUAGAAAAUAUCAUUAAAUAUGGAAUUAUCAUGGAUCCUUUUUCUUGGAUUCGAUUCCUUCUACAGGCUCAGCAGAAGUGUGCUGUAAUCGGAUUGCUUGGCUGUACCAAUGUUUUUAUUCUGUUCGCUUGGUUACUUGAACGUGCAAUUGUUCGUGGCUUAGUUGGUGGUAAAUUUGCAACUAUACUUAUAUGGUGGAAUUUAUUUUGUCUGCUUGCCUUCCCAACAAUCAUGAUAUUGUCAAUAGACUUCAAUCCUUUGUUUAGUGCACCUGUACUUGGAGUAUACACCAUAGUGCUUUUAAAACUUUAUUCAUAUGCUGAUGUGAACAGAUGGUGUCGUCAGUCAACAGAAAACGAUGAAUCCAACAUCGAUAUCGCCUUAAAAAAUAUAGGAAAAUCAGCGUUUGCCUCAAAUGAUACUGUCCCCAACAGCACUACCACUACCACCACCAAAGCCACUAAAGUCAGCGGCAAUAACUUUAAUUUUAUCGCGAAUCCCUGUGUUCAAUUAAGUGCGAAUCUUUCUAUGUCAGUAAAUGCAAACAAUAAUUCUGAAGAAGUGGCAGCUACUCCUAAAAACAUCACUAAUGUUGAUAAUUCAGAAGAUUCAAACACAAAUUUGCAGGAUAGUGAAGCAUCAACUGAAGAUAUUCAGUCAGAUGAUCUUCCAAAAGGAACAGAAAAGACUGAUGUACUAGAAGAAAACAUCGCUCAGUUCACUGAACAAACUAUUGCCAACCGAAAAUGUAAAAAGCAACAUUCUUUGAGUGAUUCUGCUCAUCUGUCAACCAAUCUGAAGUCGCCAGAGUAUCUGCGUAAGUUGGAAGAGAAACAUAAAAGUCAAGUCAAGAGACAGAGACAAUCAAGAUUCAGUAUUAGUGAAAUAACAGACACCAGUAGUAUAAAUACAGAUCCAGUGGAAUUAGAGGUCAACACCUUGGUGCACGAUGAAACAUGCAUGAAGUUCAGUCGUAGUUUGUACGUUACUUAUCCGAAUAAUUUAACACUCACAAAUAUGUACUACUUUAUGUUCGCACCAACGCUAUGUUAUGAAUUAAAUUUUCCACGUACACUGACGAUAAGGAAACAAUUUUUGUUUAAACGUGUUUUCGAACUGAUAUUCAUUCCACAACUCAUACUUUGUAUGAUUCAACAAUGGAUUUUGCCCACGUUAUCGAAUAGCUUCACGCCACUAGCUGAGGCUAGAUUCAGCCUAAUUGUUGAACGUUGUUUAAAGCUGGCCAUACCGAAUCAUUUAAUUUGGUUAAUGUUUUUCUACCUGGUAUUUCAUUCAUUGCUGAAUGUGAUUGGAGAGAUUUUAUAUUUCGGAGACAGAUUUUUUUACAGUGAUUGGUGGAAUGCAGAAUCCAUAUCUGAAUUCUGGUCAAAAUGGAAUAUCCCUGUACACCGCUUUGCUAGACGACACAUAUACAUCCCUCUGCUAAAGAUGGGUCUUAGUCGUUUUCAAGCAAGUUUGGUUGUCUUCUUGAUCAGUGCAUUUUUUCAUGAGUUACUUGUAUCAGUUCCACUGAAAAUGCCAAGAUUCUGGGCCUUCCUCGGUAUGCUUGGUCAGGUACCAUAUGCUUACGCAGUCUCGCAUCUGUUUGCAAAGGGUGGUCAAGCCGGAAAUUUAGCUGUAUGGCUUGCAUUGAUUAUUGGUCAACCAUUAGCUAUUCUGUCCUAUUUCCAUGAUUAUUUUGUAACACACUACAAUGUCAGUCAACUUUAA